UUUGUAGAGUAUUCGAGAAAGGGGCAAAACGCUGUCACAAAAGUCAUGGGAUUGUUUGUGAAGUUGUGAGAUGUUUGACUGUAGCAAAGUAAACCCAAAGCAUCAGAAAUGGCUGUGGCAAGAGGUAUAAUUAAGAGGAUGAGUAUUAGGGUUGGUGCUGUUCUGAUACGUCCUCCAACAACACCAUCUCAUUCACACUUCUUCCACUGUUGUAACGAUUCUCUCCCUCCAUUCAAAUCCCACCUUUCUUCCUUCUCCUCUACUUUUCUUAGAUCCUUCUCUCACCAUUUUCCAGAAGAGACAAGUGAUGAAGGUGCUACCACUGACGGAUGGGAAGAGGAAGAUGAGACUGAACCUAAGAUUGGUGAUGGAGGUAAUGGUGGUGGAGUUGCCUUGCAAAAUGUCCCUUGGGGCCAGCGAACUCUCUCUAUCGCUGAGGAGGUGCUUAUGCAGUUCAGUGAGGACAUCAAACUUUUUGCUUUCAAAACAACUCCUCGUGGAUAUGUUUAUGUGAGAUUGGACAAAUUAACUGAUGAAUAUGGGUGUCCAAGCAUGGAAGAGCUUGAAUGCUACAAUAAAAAAUACAAAGAAAGAUUAGAUGAAGUUGGAGCACUUGGAGAGAUACCCGAUGAUUUGGCUUUAGAGGUUUCAUCCCCAGGUGCCGAGAGGCUACUGAAAGUGCCAGAUGAUGUUGGUAGAUUCAAAGACAUGCCUAUGAGAGUCUGUUACACUGAAAAUCUAGAGUCCAAUUGCCCAGAAAGGGAGGGGGUUUUCUUGUUAGAUUUUAUAGAAAAAGACUCAGAGAUGUGUGUGUGGAAGUUGGCAGACGUUAAAGAGAAUAGAGACCCCCUUAGAAAAGGCACAACUUUAAAUCGUAAACAGAAGGAUUGGAGAUUGAAACUUCCAUUCAACUUGCAUAGAAUGGUUAGUCUGUACCUUGCAUAAUUAUAAAGUAUAAAUUUGUUCUGACUCAAAAGCAUGGAAUUGUUUUCUCUCCCUCCUCCAUUCCCUUUUUGUCUAUCUAUAUUUUCCUUGCAUAUGGUAUGCAGAAGUAGUUUGACAAAAGAAAAGUUCUUUUUAGUUUUAGUAGUGGGCUCGGUACCAUGUGUAAUAUCGAGGAGUUUUAUGUUUGCUGCUGAAGACUAGUGCAACCCACUUCCGUUAUCUGGCUUUAUUUAGAUGUUCAUUCCUUCAUUAUGAUUAUACUCUUUCACUUUGUUGUCCAAAAAUGGCUUUUCAUUUUAAUUUUUAAUUAUAUCAUUCUGUUCUUAAAACAUUUUCUUUUU